AUGACAGAAAGCAUUCAGUACCAACCAGUUACAACACGCUCAACAAGAGCGUGUCUGCCGUGUAGGACAAGGAAAGUAAGAUGUGAUGCAUCGCAUCGUGGAGUUCCAUGUACCAACUGUUGCUUGGAUGGGAAAGAAUGCCUUGUUGCUGAACGGAAGUCAAGACGCCAAAUUCCCUGUCUAGACAGAACGGUUCUGCCUCUUGAAGACAACCAAGGAACAUACGCUGCGGUUGAAGCCACGCAGCCACUCGAGACAGCUCAACAACAGCCGAACAAUCCCAAUACAACACCGGACUCUGGAAGUUUUGAAGGCAUAAACAUGGAUUCAUCCAAUACAUACAUCUACAGUAACAUUCAUAGCGCCUCUCGCGAGUCUAUGACCAAAGAUACCGAAAUACCAAGACCUAUUACAGAAUCACAUAUGUGCUAUCAAGACUUUCGCGAAUAUGGGUUUAUUAAACUCGGAAAUAUGGAAACUCUUUCGUCGGAGGACUUGCAUUAUCUGCAAACGCAGCGCUGCUUUCAUCUCCCAAGUAAACUCCUGCUAGAUGAACUCAUCAGGCGUUACCUAUUCUAUGUCCAUCCCCUGCUCCCUAUUCUUGAUGAUCAGUCGUUCUGGUGUAGCUAUUUUCAACCCAGGCAAGAAGGGGGCGUCUGUAAGAGCCAAACUCCACUUCUACUCUUAUGGUGCGCUCUCUUUGCUUCCAGUGGUUUCCUUUCCCCGGCCUCUGCUGCAUCUCUAGGCUAUGGCAACGUGCGGAAUGCACGAACUGGAUUUUACAAGAAAGCCAAGAUAUUAUUCGAUAUUGGAUCAGAAUCCUCACCGGUAAUACUGGGGCAGAGUGCUCUUCUUCUUUCUUUCCAAACAUAUUCGCCCAGAAUUAAAGUCGCCAAAAUCGACAGCCCUAGUAUAAGAUCCAACACGAUCUGGCUCAGGACUGCAAUUCGACAUGCCCAGCAAGCGAAUGUGGAAACAAUAUGUUGUUCUCCGUUAGUUUCCACUAUUGCGUCUCGUAAGGCAGACUCGAUCACCCUGAUCAGACUAUGGUGGUGCUGCAUUCUCCUUGAUAGAAUAAUAGCUCUAGGACAGAGGCGGGAUCUUCUAAUACCCAAACAGUACCCGUUACCGAGUCAUACUUGGUUCGAGGACGAUGUGCCUUGGUCGAAAGCACAAAUGACGGAAAUUAAACAACAUUUUACGGUUCGCCUUAUGCAUGCACUCAAGCUUUGCAUGGUUGCGACGGAUAUUCUCCUACUGGAAUCGUGUCCCCAACAGCUUAAGACCAAGCCGCUACAACAACUCAAAGAGGCUAUGGUGAUACUCGAAGAGAGUGGUAAUUCACUCAAACAGUGGCAUGACGUAGCUAUGCUCGAUAUUCCAGGAUUAGAUGAUAGCCAAAAUACUCUCACGAGCUUCCAGCACCCGCCACUGGCGGCAUUCACGAGGGUGAUAAGGAUAAGCUACAGUGCUGCAAGGCUGUGCGCUGGCCAUCAGGAACUCCUUUUACGUAUAAGUAUUUCAGCUACUAUUUCAGCUACUGGAGAUGAGACCUUGUCUGCUUAUUCGGAUCUGUCUGGAGCAGCCCACGGAAUUCAGAGUGCCAUUCUAGACAUCUCGAAUUGCAUCAUCGAGUUUAUGCAGCUGGGUCUUGUGCCUUACCUCUACAUUGGCAUCGCUGCAUUUGCAGCACUGCCGUAUUUGAUGCAAGUACUAGACUUGAAAAUCACCCGUCGAUCCUGUCCCGAAGUCGAGUUGACGGAUCAAUACCAUCGUCUCUGCAUACUCACUAGAGCUGUGAAAGAAUACCAAGCUCGCUACAACGGCCUGGACCAUUUCGGCGGAACUAUACAGUUUAUCAGCACGAAUUUCCAACUCAUCACUCGAUAUUUACCAGAGAAUGUGAGAAUCACUAGUUGGCAGGAUGUUUUGAUGCAUGACCCUUGUUGCUACAUGAGACUUGCAUUGGCUCUUGAACACUGCUCGAGGACAGCAACGAUUCCUACUGUUGAACAAUUAGCUGAGGAUUUAGAAGGAUCUUUGACCAUACCUCCACCUCAAAAUCUUGAUUCGAAGCAGGGUGACAGUCCGGACGACUUCAUGUCGCUGUCGAGCUAG